CAAUAAAAAGUCAGCAAGUCUAGUCAUAAAGAUAACACCUUUGAUGCUGUCACUGCUAAGUCCACUUCGCUGUAACCCUUUCUCUCCAAUGAUCCAUCAUUGAUGAGAAUUCCUUGUUGAACUGGGCUUACAUAUAUCAACUCAACUUCCCUCGUCCUUUUGCUUUCUAUGUUUGCUAAUUGAUAAUGUCUGUGAGCGAGGAGAGCAGGCUUGCAUGUUUAAUUGAAAUUGAUUAACUCGGAAUUCUUGGAAAAAUGGGGCAACUACAUAAAUGGGAUCGGUGCAAUUACUGAUGAACGGGCAACAUGAAACCAAGGCAUAAACGCCCCACACCCAGCACAAUUGCCAAAAGAUGAACAUUACAGACUUGAACGAUGACUGCCUUUACCAGAUUUGCUCGUACCUUAGCAUCCACGACAUGGUGGAACUGCAUUCAACCUGCACCCGCUUCGCUUUCAUCACUGAUCGAUUCUUCUCGACGCAACGCCAUCUCAUCAUUGGCAUGCGGACGGCACAGCUGGACAAGAUGGAUCGCCUCCUCCAGUGCAUUGGGGCGUACCUGACCUCAGUGACGAUAUGGAUUGGAUAUCUGAUGCCGGAGAACAUGGUCCUUCCUAUUCUGCUGCCCGUCUCGAAGUUCUGCACGAACUUGAAGCGGCUCACUGUUAACUUCAUGAAGAUGGAGGUGAAGUACAAGAAGCUGCUGAUGGCGGUCACUAGCAAUGUCGAGUUUUUGGAUAUUUCCUGUUGUGAUAUUGAUGAUGACGAUGCUGACUUGUUGCUGUCUUGCAAGAAAGUGAAGACCCUGACGCUGAAUGGUAACGACAGGUUUCGAGGGCUCUGCUUGCCGCAGUUGACUUCCCUGAAACAUCUGAUAGCCAAGCACAGCACGGGUAUUCACCACUACAUUUUAGAGGAACUAAGGAAAAGAAAUGUCAAAAUUGAUGACGGGACAUGAAAUAGAUUUUACCAUAAUAUUAAGAGAAUGCUGGUUCAUUUAAUAUUUAGAUUUAUCGAGGGGUGAGGCACAGAGCAAAAAGUUUAAGCUUAUUUAAUAAAACGUGCAUGUGUUAAGCCGCGUUUAUAACGCGCAUAUUGUAACUACAUUUUCCACUAUAUUUAUUUAUAUAAAGAAAUAAUUCACAGAAAA